AUGCCGGUUCUGCGCGUUGGAGUUGCUCCGGACUCAUUGCUGAACCCCGAGUGUUUUGUCAAUGACACUCUGCUCUGUGACCCCGGCGUCGAACUAACGCUCAUUCACAUGAUCGCGAAACUGCUCAACGUGACGGUGGACAUCGUGCACAGCGAGUACCACAAGAAAGGUCGGCUGCACUCACUGCAUCAUCUGCUGGAGACGGACGUGAUCGACAUGACCGGUAACUCGUUCAUUCCCUCGCAAAGCAGGACGAAGAGCGUGGACGUCAGUCUGCCUCUGCUGCAGCAUAAACAGGCGUACUUGAUUCGACGUCCGGCCGCGUCCGACGUGUUCAUGAACUUUAAUCCGUUAGCGUCGUUUUCCAAGACCGUAUGGUUGUUUCUGUUUCUCGUUUUCUCCGUCAUGCCGUUGGUCGUAGGGCUGUUGCACUACGCCGGGUUCGGACAGUCGAUCGCUCGGUCAGUGAUGGCGGCCGUCGGGGACGUGGAACGCGCCUGUUUCAUGUACUACCGACCACCGAGACGCAUCAUCUGGUUCUGCGGCCUGUUGUUCAUGGCCGCCGUAAAGCUGGCGUACAGUACCUACAUUUGGGCGGCUCUAAUGUACCCGUAUCCAACCAAAUUGCCGUUUCGCAACAUCAAAGAGCUUGCACAGCAGUUGCGCCACCAUCGGUACCGAUUUGCCGAAUACCACGGCGCCGUCAUGUUCACCGACUUUUCCUGCACCGACGACCCGGCGGCGAACAGUUCGCUUGUGUUCAACUUCGAAACGCCACCAACUCCGCACAUGUGGCUUUCGAAGCUUCUAGAACACGACGAUCUGGUAUUUGUCGCCGACCGGGUGAAGCUUCUGCAAUACAUGCAGGGCUUUCCAGACCACGACAAAUUGCUGCUGAUCGUCGACGACCAAGUCGAGCUGAAAUACCGAUGCUUUUUCUGGCAGAAAAAUUUUUCCCUCGGUAACGCGAUCAAUCAGGCCAUAAUCUUUAUGGAAGACUUUAAGGAAAACCUCAGAUAUCGAUUUACUAACGGAGGUCGCGAAGCCUUUACUUGGGAAAAGACUUUGGCUGACAGUCAAGAACGCAGGAGUGCCGUUUCAUUGAACAUCAUUAAAGGGCCGCUGAUUUCUCUGUGUGUAAUGCUGGGCAUUUCGUUGGCAACGCUUACAUUCGAAAUGCUUGUUUGGUUCUAUAAAUCACACAGAUCGUGA